AUGAAAGAAUUUGAUGAUUCAAUCAAUUCGAUUCGAGUGUUGUCGAUUGGCUAUAUCUCAUCGAGAUUCCCAUUCGACGUUAUCACCAAAGCAUCAGAGAUAUCAUUUGUAGUACCUAUAGGCAAUUGUUUUCAUCUAUUGGGUGUUGACAAAUUAAAUACACAUUAUACAUCACCUACACAAGCAUCUAAAAUCAAAUGUGUAAGAGCAUAUGGAACAAAGAAAUUUAUAACCAAUUGUAAAGAAAAGAUAUUGAUUUGGGAGAAUGAUACAAUUGUUGGACAAUUAGAAGGACAUUCAGCAGGAGUGAUUGAUAUGUUAUUAAUGUCACAUGUAUUGAUGACAUUGUCAAAGAAUAAUGAAUUGUUUAUUUGGGAUUUAAAUAGUGGACAGAGAUAUAGUAGUUUGAGUGGCAUCGAGUCGUUUGGAAAGGUGACUACAAUGUUGCACCCACGUGGAUACUAUAACAAGGUGUUGUUGGGUAACAAGGAUGGAGAGAUGUCUAUCUGGAAUAUCAACACCAAGAAGCAGGUGUACCGUUUUGCAGGUUGGGGUAGUCCCAUCGUGUCGAUGGAGCAGUCGCCCGCACAAGACAUUAUCGCGGUCGGUCUAGAGGACGGAUCCGUCCACUUGCACGACAUCCGUCACGACAAGAGCGUUACAGUGUUUCGUCAACGUGGGUCGGUCACGUCCAUGUCGUUCCGUACCGACGGCGUCAAGGCACACUUGGCCACAGCCUCGCGUUCAGGUGUCGUCUCGAUCUGGGACUUGGACACGAGAAAGUUGUUUUACUCGUUUACUGCACACUCUUCAACCGUGGCACGCGCAUACUUUUUGGCUGGCGAGCCAAUCAUGGUGACGAACGGCUCGGACAAUGCCGUGCGUGUUUGGACAUUCCACAACAUCGAUAUCUACAAGCCCCUUUUGUUGCGUGAGCGUACGGGCCAUGACGUGCCCCCCCACGCCACCCAGUUCUUUGACACGGACGGUCGUGCCGGCACAGUCAUCUCCACGUCGGACAAGGGCCCACGUAUGCUGUCGGUCAACAUCUCGCACAUCAACGUGCCAUUCUCGCACAACAAGAUCAAGCUCGGCGAAGGCAACGACCACCUCCUCGCCGCCAACCCGGCCAACUACCGUACCAUGAACUGCAUCGCCACGGCCCACGGCAGCAACCUCGUGUUGUGGAGCUUUGUCCGUAUGGCUGUUGACGGUGACAAGAACAUCCGUCUCAACGCCCGUAUCUCUGCACUCGGCAUGUCUGCGUGCGGUAACUCGGCCUAUGUCGGCACCACCACCGGCGACCUCGAAUGCUACAACGUGCAGAGUGGCACCAAGCGUGCAUCCGUCCGCAUCGAACCUGCUGGCAGCGUCAACGGUAUUGUCGUCGACGCGACCGGUCGCUACGUAGUCACAUGUGCAUCCAACAAGCACAUCAACAUUUGGAGCUCAACCUUGAAACCAAUCGCAUCAUUUGUACUCGAGUCACCCCAAACCAUGCUCGUGCAACACCUCGAGAGUGGUAUGUUUGCCUGCGCUGGUGAAGAUGGUAUUGUACGUGUCUACGACAUGGAGACACGCGAGUUGGCCCGUAAAUUCAACAUUGGUCACUAUGUCGUCGACAUGACCUUUAACCACGACGGUCGUUGGUUGAUUGUUGCUGCCCGUGGCGACGCCACUGUCCGUAUCUAUGACAUUCCAUCUGGUUUGAUGGUCGACUGGUUCACCACCCGCUCACCCGUCACCAGUAUCUCUUUUAGUCCACGCGGUGAGUUCCUCGCGACUACCCAUGCCGACGAACUCGGCGUCUACCUCUGGUCCAACCAAAUGCACUUUGGCACCAUCCUCUUGUCGCGACCAGGCGAGACUGCCCCCAUGCUCGACCUGCCCACCGUCCAAGCCGACGGCGAAAAGGGAGCUGACGGAGUCGAGACACACGCCGACAUUAACACUGCCAAGGAAAAGGACCGAACCAUCGCCACUGGCGACGAAGACGAAAAGAAGCAACAAGAACUCGAGGACAAUAAGGGUGUCCCACAACUAGACGUGCAAGAUGUCGACCAUGACACUAUCCCAUCGGCCGCCUAUGGCGACCAAGACCCAGCAUCGUCACAACAAAUAGGUCGACUCGUUACCAUGACCACACUCCCCAAAUCCAAAUGGGAGACACUCUUGGAUUUGGACUUGAUCAAGGAGAGAAACAAACCACUAAACAUUGCCGAGAAACCAAAGUUGGCACCAUUCUUUAUCACAUCGACCGGUGGUGUCAAUCCAACUUUCCUCACACCCGAACAAUUAAAAGAAAAAGAUCAAAAAGAAAAGGAAAAUAUAUCAACAAAUGGCAAGAAAAAGAAUGCUGAACAAGAAUUGAAUGGUUGGGGUGAUUGGGCUACCCCAGGUGACGACAAUGACGACGACGAACAAGAAAAUGGAAAUGAUAUUGCUGCUCUUAGCAAAGUUUUGGGUAAAUUCAAUCCAAUUAAAAUAGUUAAAUCAAAGUUUUUACAACUUUUAGAAGCUGGUUAUAAAUCAAAGAAUAAGGAUUAUUCAAAUUUAUUAAAUUUAAUUAAAGAAAUGACACCAUCAGCAAUUGAUUAUGAAAUUAGAAAUGUUAAUCAUAUUGAAAUGGAUAUUCAUUAUAUGGUUGACUUUUUGGUACAAUUGAUGAGAGGUAACAACGACUUUGAUCUUGUACAAACCUUGACCACUCAUUUCCUACGUGUACAUGGUAAUUUAUUAAUGACAAGCGAAUACUCUUCAUCACUAGUAGAAUUAAAACAAUCUCAAAAAUCUGGAUGGUCUCAUCUUCAAAAUGUUUUCCAAGCAAAUAUUUGCAUGUUGCGUUAUUUUACAAAUACUUUACAAUAA